AUGCCCCGGGCGCCUACUGUCAACACAUCUCACGCUGCCACUUGGUCUCCUUUCUUCUUUUUUUUUUUUUUUCUUUUACUUCGGCCACGCGCUUCCUCCUCAUCCUCUCUGCCACGCGCUCACUGUUUAUUUCCUCUCACUCAGACCCAGCUUCCUCUUUUUUUCUUCUUCUUCCUUAUCGGCACACUUUAUUCUCCCUCUCUUAAUUCUUUUCUGCACCCUCCUCCUUCCUCAAAGCCCGACACGCGCUGCUGUCCUCUCCCCCUUCUUCAAAAUCUCUGCCUCCUACUCUUUGCCACACGCCCGCCACGCUUCCUCCUCCCCUUGCAUUAUUUUUAUCUCCUCCUCUCACUACUCUUUCCUAUCAAUACCAACGCCAUUUUCUUUUUCAUAUUUUUCGGACGUUACUUACUACAUUCUGGAAUCCCUAAAAACCAGAUUACAAAAGGGGAUACAAUUAUGGAUUCACAAAUCAUACAGCAAAAUGGUGGUAACCAUUCACCAAUAUCAACAGGAACGCAGAUGGAUGAUAGAGAUAAUGUAAGCAAGACAAACUUAAUUGUCAACUAUCUUCCACAAACAAUGACUCAGGAGGAAAUACGUUCGCUGUUUGCUAGCAUUGGAGAAGUGGAGAGCUGCAAAUUAAUCAGAGAUAAACCAACAGGAAACUUUCUCAGCAGCGUUCCAUCCAAGGGAACAAUGAACACACUGAGGCAAAACGAUAUAGAUCAAGGACUGCCGGAAACAGCAAUGAACACAAUGAGACAGAAUGAUAUAGAUCAAGGAACACUGGAAUCAGGUCAAAGUUUAGGGUAUGGAUUUGUUAACUACAAAUACCCUAGCGAUGCAGAAAAGGCUAUCAACACCUUGAAUGGAUUAAGAUUACAGAAUAAAACAAUAAAGGUUUCAUAUGCCCGACCAAGCAGUGAAAGCAUUAAAGGGGCAAACUUGUACAUAAGUGGCUUGCCAAAGUCUUUCACUCAAUUGGACUUGGAGAAAUUGUUUUCUCAGUGUGGAUUCAUAAUAACAUCCCGAAUUCUUUAUGACAAUAACACAGGUUUAUCAAAAGGUGUUGGCUUCAUCCGAUUUGAUCAACGAAUUGAAGCUGAAAGAGCCAUUCAGAAAUUGCAUGGCACUAUUCCUGAAGGAGCAACUGAACCUAUUACGGUGAAAUUUGCAAAUUCACCAAGCUCAAAUAAAAAUGCUGUACCGCUAGCCUUGGCAGCCUCAUACUUAUCACCAAGCCGGCGAAUUUUUGGUCCAAUUCAUCAUGCUGCUGGAAGAUUCAGGUAUUCACCGUUGGAAGCUAGUCUACUGCCAGGAACAAUACUUCCAGGAAAUGCUCUAAAUGGAACUGGCUGGUGCAUUUUUGUAUACAAUCUUGCACCAGAUACUGAGGAUGAUGUAUUGUGGCGUUUAUUUGGUCCAUUUGGAGCUGUGCAAAAUCAUCUAUCUAUCUAUCUAUCUAUCUAUCUAUCUAUCUAUCUAUCUAUCUAUCUAUCUAUCUCAUCUAAAUGGCACGGGCGCUUCGGCGCGACGCUCACAUCCACACAGGCAGUACCGGACGCACUUCCACUUCGGUCCAUUUUCGAGACCCGUUCUCGGCAUGCAGGUCGACGUACGGUGUCCGUGGAUGGAAGGAGCACUCUAAACUCUCCUUCACCUGUUGUUCGGAAGUCGCAGAGGUGUCUUCUGUCUGGCCCGCGAACAUACUGCCACCAUUCUGCCGGGAACGGAGGAAACGAAAACGCGAUCCGUUAUACGUGGCGAACCGGUUUCUUUUCGUCGGACGAUCCGCGUGGUGUGUGUGCUUCAAAUGCCACGCGCACCUCACGGCACUCCACCGUAUCGGGGGGUAUCGCGCGCACGCACGAGCGGGAAAGGCUUCGCGGGAAUGACUUCGCGGGAGUUUCAUUAAAUGAAUCUUGGCUAAAUCUAGCUGCAUUCGCUUUGUUCAUAUCUAUCUAUCUAUCUAUCUAUCUAUCUAUCUAUCUAUCUCAUUGUUCAUAUUCAUCUGUCUAUCCCAGUCUGUUCAUUAUCUAUCUAUCUAUCUAUCUAUCUAUCUAUCUAUCUAUCUAUCUACUUUUGCAAAUUCAGUGUACACAGAUGCAGAUGCUACACUAG